AUGACUCGGGAGGAGCUGGAGGAAUGUCGUCAAUACAUUACUGAAAACCUUCAAAAGGGUUUCAUUGACCUCGGUCAGAAGCCCAUUCUUGAAGAAUUGGUCUCAUCCCGCGACAUCCCCUUGAAGCCCGAUACAUCCUCCGAAUUCGGUUACUCCGUCGAUGACGCCCGCCUCUAUGCCAACAAACAUACCAUGAGCCCGGCCUCCUUCCACUACGGCCAACAUCCCGGGGCCGUUGGCAUCGGUGGCCUCCCUGGCACAGCGGAAGAUUCUCUCAUGGCUCAAUACGGUCGUGGUUAUGCAUGCGGUCACCAUGAAGCCCCGCCGCCGACUAGUCAUAAACAGGAUUUCCCUGCCACAGCCACUUACGCGCCGGCUCCCAACCCCUACGACGAUCCUACCGCUGUUGGUGUAGGCAGGCAGUUUACUAAUUAUACGGCAGCGGGGUACCCGCUGGUGGGUCUUCUUCAGGCGAAGCUGGCGCCAUUAAUUCUCUCCGAAUGGCUCUCAUCGUGCUGA